AUGGUUGUGGUAAUGGUUUGUAUGGUGGUUCUUGGAAAAAGCUGUGGUACACCCUGGAAUGUUUUGUUCAAAAAUUUUACAGUGAACAGUAAAACGGGUGAGAUAACAACAAAGGGGAAGAUUGAUAGAGAACUGUUUGAUACAGGAAACGAUAUAUAUUUCUUCGUUUAUGCAAUAGACCACGGAGAACCUCCAAGACAGAAUACAACAUAUGUUAAGAUCAAUGUAAUUGACAUCAAUGACCACAUUCCACAAUUCGUGAAGUCUUUGCAUAACACUUUUUCUGUAAAGGAGGAUACACCACUGAAUAAAACUUCGGCAUUGUUUCAAGUUUCGGCUGUUGACCCCGAUUUUGGAAGCAAUGGUGUAGUGGUAUACAGUAUACAUCCAGGCAAUCAGUCAAUCGAUGAGUUAUUUAGAAUUGACAAUAGAAGUGGUAUUAUUAGCAUGAAAAAGAUACCAACAAUUAAAGACUGCGAUCACAGGAUGUAUACAAUUGAGAUUAAAGCAUGUAAUCCGAAUGUAGACGAAGGAAAAUGUAACAAGACAGAAGUUAUUUGCUACAUCAAGGAUGUAAAUAAUCAGCAGCCAAAGUUUUUAUACUGGGGGUCAAUAAAUUAUACAGAGCACACGGCUAGAGGAGAAAUAAAAUUGUGCUUUAAUGCGAAAAGUCACGCAUUAAAGGAGAAUAACACAUGUAACUAUUCUAAGAUGGCUACAGAUUCAGACUGCCUACCUGAAUAUAACACACUACAUUACUGGAUGGAUAAUGAUGAUAGCAGAUUUCAAAUUGACACAUCAACAGGAAUUAUCAGCAUAAAAAACGGAAGCGUUAUAGACUACGAUGAACCUCAACGAGACAGACAAUUUAAUUUUACAAUUUAUGCGUCAGAUACCAAAAGUACAACGAGUGCCGUAUUAACCUUGGAUAUUUAUGAUCAUCAAGAUAGUUUGCCGCAUUUUGUUUCUGAUGUCUACUCUUGCAGUUUGAAGGAAAGUUUGACGCCCAUAGGUCAUUUUAACUGCUCUCUUAAAGUAACAAAUAUUGAAGACAUCCAAAUACAUAUUUUCAAGUAUAGUGUGAAAGGAGGAGACCCGUACUUCUCCUACGAAACGGUAAACGAUAAGAAAGAGAUUGAAAUUACUUUGAAUAACUCUCUAAACUAUGAAACAUUAUCGAAGAAAGUUUUCCAGCUGAAUGUAACAGCCGAAGGAAUCUGUGGGAAAAGAAGUACUAGUAAUGCAAGAUGUUAA